AUCAACAGGAAGUCCUGAAGAGGUCUGAGCAUGUUAUURAGCUCGCUGAUGGUCCUCUGGUGGUCAGAGUCAGRAACAGUCUGCCAACAACUGCUUCUUCUCAAAACACCACCUCCACAGCUCCAGCAGAGAGCCCCCAGUUUAUUCCAGACAGCACCACUUCACCAAAUAAUGRAGAAAAUAAACUGUCUCCUGAUGAACAUCUGUCUUCUGAACUGAAGGAAUGUGUGGAAGMAGAGGAGSAAMRAGAGGAAGAGCGUCCUUCUGCUUCCAGCUCUGUUCAGCUUCACCCUGAAGACAGUGUUUUAUUCAAGCAUUCCUGUCAACCUCAUAAUGUAGAUGAAGUUAGUGACUUGAAAGUUGAGUUGGACAAUCCUGAUAGCUACCUGUGCCACUUGGAGGAAUGUUCCUAUAAAUAUGAGGGGCAGCAGGUCAGAGAUGAAGGGACAGCUUUGAGCAUUGCAGGAUUGAACACUGAGGAAUCUUCUCAGAUUGACAAAAAGUUGUUGGAUGUAGGGGAUGAGUCAUGUUUGAGUUUGACAAACACAGAAGUAGCCAGUUACAGCCUGUGUGRUGGGCUUCAGGUGGUGCUGUGUCAGGGUGAUAUCACCACACUUCAAGCUGAUGCCCUGGUGAACGAUGCCAAUGAAGAUUUGAAGCAUUGUGAAGGGGUUGCUGCUACCCUGAGUCAGGCAGGUGGUCCAGACAUACAGAGUCAGAGUGAUGCUUUGAUAACAUCUAAAGGCAAAAUCCCUACAGGUGAAGUUGUAGUGACCACAGGAGGUAACUUGCACUGCAAAAGACUGAUGCACGCUGUUGGUCCUGUAGCAGGAAAAGCAGAUGRCAGAGAGAGGAUCUUACUARAGAGAACAAUCAGGCGUGUUCUGAGCUUAGCUGAAAUGAUGAAAUUUACUUCCAUCGCCUUGCCRUGCAUCGGCUCAGGAGUGAAAGGUAUUCCAGUGUCUGUGUGCUCUGAGGCUAUAGUGACUGUUCUUAAGGAGUUUGGUAGUCAGGGUGAGCGAAGUUUGAGUACAAUCAUCUUGAUAGAUGACCAAGAAGAAGWGGUCAGGGCCAUGCAGGAGGCGUGUGACAGGCUGCUUCUGGGUAAAAGUACUGGAAACCACACAGUGAGUGGUGAUCCAGUUGGACUGGAGUUCAGCAUGGAUUCYACUGGUCAAGAAGCAGCUACAGGAGAUCCUGAUGGAGGUCCUAAGGGUGCUGUCCAAGUUGAAAUUGUUAAAGGGACAAUCGAGACCCAACAGGUAGAUGCCCUGGUGUCUCCCAUGGUYGGCAAUGAUCCUCUUUCCACUCACGUAGGAAACAUUUUGAAUAAAUCAGUUGGUUUUCAGCUUACUGCAAAGUUCAGACGUAAAUCGGGAGGCGAAACAAAGUCUGGUGAGUCAGUUCUAGUGGAGGGAUUGGAUGGACUUCCUUCUAAUGCCAUUUUUUUCCUCAACCUUGCUCCGUGGGAUGAAGAUGAARAUGGAGUUCCUGUUGAGACUCUGAGAGCGGGCAUCAACAGCAUCCUCACUUCCUGUGAGGAGAAAGGGUUUGGUUCUGUUGCUUUUCCUGUUCUUGGAGCUGGGAUUGCCCUGCAGUUUCCUGACAGCGUGGUAGCCAGAGUUUUACUGGAGGAARUUCAUACAUUUGAAGAGAACAGAAGCAGCAGCGCACCGAUUGUGGUUUGCGUCGUCAUACACCCCAGUGAUGAAGAAACUGAAGAGGUCUUCAGGUCAGUCCAGGAAUCAUUGAAAUAUGAAGGGUCCACUCAGAAUGAUCAACAAGACCAAAAUCAAGAGUCCACCACAAGGAGGAUUGUCCUACUUGGAAAAACUGGAUCUGGGAAAAGUCACCUGGGUAACACCAUAUUAGGAGAGGAACUUUUCCUUUCGUAUCUUUCCUCUACCUCUGGAACCCAAAWRGUCCAAGCAGASACCAGGUCUGUGAACGGAAGAAGCCUGACUUUGAUCGACAYGCCAGGUUUCUUUGACACAGAAAAGUCUGAGGAGGUUUUGAAGCCAGAGAUCAUGAGGUGUAUCACAGAGUGCUCACCUGGGCCUCAUGUCUUUCUCAUUGUCCUCAAAGUGGAAAAGUUUACAAAGCAUGAGCAAGAUGUUAUUGAUAAAAUACUSCAAUAUUUCUCAGAUGAUGCUUUAAAUUAUGCUGUCCUCGUCUUCACUCAUGGUGACGACCUUCAGGRGAAGAAAAUCGAAGAGUUUGUUGGUCGGAAUAAGAAUCUGAAUGAUCUGCUGAAGAGGUGCGGUGGUCGGUGCCACGUCUUUGAUAAUAAACACUGGAACAACAAUCAGCCACAUGAUUACAGAAACAACCAGUUUCAGCUGGAGGCGUUGCUUCACACGAUAGACAAGAUGGUGGAAAAAAA